AUGGAAUUGUUUAUAGUUUGCAUUUUGAUCCUUUCUAUUGCUUCAUGCAACUCAUGGAAUGUAAAUGGUCAGAGUAAAGAGUUGAAUGUGAUUCAAUAUGGUGCCAAAGGAGAUGGCAAAACCGAUGAUACCCAAGCUUUUAUGAAAGCAUUCAAAGCUUUAUGUGAUGGUAAAAAUGGGAAUAUCCUGUUGGUGCCAGAAGGUCGUUCAUUUUUUCUGCGUCCAACGUUAAAUUUCACUGGCCCUUGUUAUUCUAAAAAUAUUAAUAUCAAGAUAAAUGGAAACCUAUUAGCACCUAAUAGAAAUGAUUGGGGAAAAGAUUGUGCAUUAUACUGGAUUCAUUUCUCUCAAAUAACUGGAUUGACACUUGAUGGAUCUGGAGUUUUCAAUGGUAACGGUGAAGGCUGGUGGGAUAGGGUGAAAGGAAGUGGGAAUUGCCCUAGAAUACCAUCAGCUAUACAAUUUGAUCAUUGUGACGGACUUCAAAUAACUGGGCUCACUCACAUCAAUGGACCUGGACCACAUAUUGCUGUGACCGAUAGCAACGAUGUAACUAUUUCAAAAAUUUACAUUAAUUCACCACCAAAUAGUCACAACACCGAUGGAAUCGAUUUAACAAGAACAACUCGAGUUAAUAUUCAUGAUUUUUCCAUAAAUUGCGCUGAUGAUUGUGUUGCUAUCAAAGGUGGAGCACAAUUUGUUAACAUAAGUCAAAUUACAUGUGGACCUGGAAAUCACGGCAUUAGUGUUGGGAGUUUAGGAGGACAUGGUGCAGAAGAAUUUGUACAUCAUUUGCAUGUCAAAAACUGCACAGUCAAUAAAGCUGCUAGUGGUGUUAAAAUCAAGACAUGGCCGGGUGGAAAAGGAUAUGUCUCAAAUAUCAUGUUUGAGGAUAUUCAAGUAUAUGAAACAAAUUUCCCUGUAAAUAUUGACCAACAUUAUAUGAGGAACCCAGAACAGCCUCAAGCAUUAAAGAUAAGUAAUGUCACAUUCAGUAAUAUCCAUGGAACAUGUGUUGGUGAAGAUGCUGUUGUGUUGGAUUGUGCUAACAUAGGAUGUCACAAUAUUAACUUAAACAAAAUCAACAUUGUUUCAAUUAAUCCAAAGAUACCAGCUUCUACAAAAUGCAAAAAUGCUCAUGGAAAAGCUACUAAUAUCAUUUCACCUAAAGGGUCUUGUGUCAAUUAA